UAAAAGUACUUUAUAGUGCCGACAGAUAUGACAACAACACAGCAACUUCGAAACAACGAUUAUGUAGAAAGUGUCGAGGAUCAUUAUGUACUUUGAAUUGAUUUUCAUAUUUGCUUAUGUUGAUAGAGUCAGAACAUUGAAGAUAGGAGAUCCUAAUGUCUGUCCAAAACUAGUAAAUGGAAGCAAUGUGUAUACCUUCCAAAAGGAAUUCGAUAUAGUGUGUUGUCCUGACUAUAUUUACCAGAAUGGAAAAUGUGAAGCAUGUCCACCAGGAAAAUUUGGUCCGGAUUGUACACUGCCAUGUUUGACUAAUUACUUUGGAGUGCAAUGUACACAGAUGUGCACCUGUACAGAUAACAGAAAAUGUGAUCCACGCUAUGGCUGCGUUUGUAAUGAAGGAUUCAUCGGAAAGCAAUGUUUAGAUGUUUGUCCUCAAGGAAGUUACGGUUUAAACUGCACUGAGGAAUGUUUCUGUGCACAAGACGCUGAGUGUGAUCCAGUAACUGGGGAUUGUUUCUGUCCUGCUGGAUGGUUUGGUAAACACUGCACAGAGAGUAAAUACAACAAUAGAGAACAAAAUCAGUCUACGUACAGGAUACAUGUAGAUAUGCAAGGAUGUAAUAUACAAAGUACUGUAUCAGCUGUUUUACACGAAUUUCAUUAUAUUGAUUCAGAAUCUCUUGUAGAAUGCCCAUUUGGAAAAUUUGGCGAAGAUUGCAAUGGCACUUGUGACUGUUCUGACGAAAUAGCAUGCGACUUCAUAACCGGAAAGUGCAGCGAUACAGACGAUACAAACUCAGACGAUGUCAUUAAUGAAUCAAACAGUACAGUCAUGAUCUACAUAAUGAUGGCUGCUACUGUUAUUGGCUUGGUCUGCGUUGUAACGAUGAUCUUAAAAGCUAAAGAAAUAAUUUGUCGUAUUGUACAGAAACCAAACACAGAUACUACAAAACUAAAGAUAGAUGGACGAAAGGCUCAUCGAAGACCAUCAAACCACAAUGAUAACUCUCAGACGGGAUCGUUUACAUCAGAAACAGAAAUAACAGGAUUGGAACCGUCUUUUGAAGAAGAAGACCUGUAUUGUGAAAUAGAAGAUAUCAAUGCUAUAGAACUAGUCAGUAAUGCCAAAAGGAGUCUAAGAAGUUUUAGUCAAAAUUCAUAAUUAUAGAUGACAAUAGCCCAUUUAUGAUAUUGUAAAAUAUAUAUUGUACAAAUAGAAUCGGACCAGGUUAAAAAAAAAUCAGGGCUUUACAGUGAUAUCAUUUUCUAUUCGUUCUUUUUUAAUCUUUAUAAAUAUUUGUUUUCUAAAUUGCUUUUCAGUAGGAGUUAUUUGAGAUACCAUAUACUGAUUUCACUGAUUCUGUUCUCAGUGCUGCUGCUAAAACUCAUAAAAUCUAUAGUUUGUUAAAGUAUACUUGUAAGUUUACGUGUAUGUUUUAAACUCGGAAGGGGUCUACUCGACAAAGAUGCAUCAAAAAUCGGUGAACGAUCAGCCUUUAGUACAAAUUCUACACAAAUAUAUAACGAGACAGUACUUACUAGCUGGAAAGUUACAUAAGAAUUUAAAGUCUUACAAAUAUAUAUAUA